AUGGACACUUACUGCAUGGAAAUCUGCAAACUUGAGGCCCACUUCGAUGGUCUCAAGUUCCACCAAGUCCCCAGGGACCACAACUUCGCCGCCGAUGUCCUGCCCAAGUUUGGCUCUAAGCGUGCGCUGGAUCCGGCCGGCGUUUUCGAACAAGAUCUCCGGGAACCAUCCAUCAAGGUUCUAGACCCGGACCAGGCCAACAAUAGCGCUGAGACUCCAGCCGACCCAAAUCCUAAUGACGUCAUGAUGAUCGAGGCAGAAGAAGACUGGCGCACCCCAUUCAUAGCCUUAAUCACUGACCAGAUGGCGCUAGAGGACAAGAUAGAACAUGAAAAAUUAGCUCAGCGCAGUGCAAACUACGUCGUGAUUGGCAAGGAGCUCUACAGGAAAGCUGCAUCCACAAGCAUCCUGAUGAAGUGCAUUCUGUGCAGCGAGGGCCUUGACCUCCUACUCGAGAUCCACUCGGGAACAUGCGGUAACCACGCUGCCUCGAGCACUUUGGUCGGCAAGGCCUUCUGCUCUGGUUUCUACUGGCCAACGGCGGUAGCCAACACAAAGGAGCUCGUCCAAAGGGGAAAAGGGUGCCAAUUCUUCUCCAAGCAGCAACAUCUACCGGCUCAGGCCCUGUGCACCAUCCCACCAUCCUAG